GUGUGUUGGUGAAUGUGAGUACGAGGAAGCCGCGGCCGCCAUUUCAGAGAGCUUGCUGACGCUGUCGCCUGGGUGGAUCCUGAGCUGCCGAAGCCGCGUCCUGCACUCCUGCGCGGGCUCCUCUAAUCCCAUUGUUUCUUUUAGAUUCGCUCGGGCCUAUCCGCCCUUGGAGCCCGAAAUUCGGGCUGGGCGGUACCGCGGCCUGGGCCUAGCGGCUUAACAGCAACAGCGGCGGCAGCAGCAGCAGCCCCCUUCUUUUCGAAUACAAGCACCACAGGGGUCCGAAAGCCGGCACAGGCGUUUAGAGAAAAUGGCAGACGAUAUUGAUAUUGAAGCAAUGCUUGAGGCUCCUUACAAGAAGGAUGAGAACAAGUUGAGCAGUGCUAACGGCCAUGAAGAACGUAGCAAAAAGAGGAAAAAAAGCAAGAGCAGAAGUCGUAGUCAUGAACGAAAAAGAAGCAAAAGUAAGGAACGGAAGCGAAGUAGAGAUAGAGAAAGGAAAAAGAGCAAAAGUCGUGAAAGGAAGCGAAGUAGAAGCAAAGAAAGGAGACGGAGCCGUUCAAGAAGUCGAGAUCGCAGAUUCAGAGGCCGCUACAGAAGUCCUUACUCCGGACCAAAAUUUAACAGUGCCAUCCGAGGAAAGAUUGGGUUGCCUCAUAGCAUCAAAUUAAGCAGACGACGCUCCCGAAGCAAAAGUCCAUUCAGAAAAGACAAGAGCCCUGUGAGGGAACCUAUUGAUAAUUUAACUCCUGAGGAAAGAGAUGCAAGGACUGUUUUCUGCAUGCAGCUGGCAGCAAGAAUUCGGCCAAGGGAUUUGGAAGAGUUUUUCUCUACAGUAGGAAAGGUUCGAGAUGUGAGGAUGAUUUCUGAUAGAAAUUCAAGACGUUCCAAAGGAAUUGCUUAUGUGGAAUUUGUUGAUGUUAGCUCAGUGCCUCUAGCCAUAGGAUUAACUGGCCAGCGUGUUUUAGGAGUGCCAAUCAUAGUACAGGCAUCACAGGCAGAAAAAAAUAGAGCUGCAGCAAUGGCAAACAAUCUACAAAAGGGAAGUGCUGGACCUAUGAGGCUUUAUGUGGGCUCAUUACACUUUAACAUAACUGAAGAUAUGCUUCGGGGUAUCUUUGAGCCCUUUGGAAGGAUCGAAAGUAUCCAACUCAUGAUGGAUAGCGAAACAGGUCGAUCCAAGGGAUAUGGGUUUAUUACGUUUUCUGAUUCAGAAUGUGCCAAGAAGGCUUUGGAACAACUUAAUGGAUUCGAGUUAGCAGGAAGGCCAAUGAAAGUUGGUCAUGUUACUGAACGUACUGAUGCUUCCAGUGCUAGCUCAUUUUUAGACAGUGAUGAACUGGAAAGGACUGGAAUUGACUUGGGAACGACUGGUCGUCUCCAAUUAAUGGCAAGACUUGCAGAGGGUACAGGUUUGCAGAUCCCACCAGCAGCACAGCAAGCUCUACAAAUGAGUGGUUCUUUGGCAUUUGGUGCUGUGGCAGAAUUCUCUUUUGUUAUAGAUUUGCAAACAAGACUUUCCCAACAAACUGAAGCUUCAGCUUUAGCUGCAGCUGCCUCUGUUCAACCUCUUGCAACACAGUGUUUCCAACUCUCUAACAUGUUUAACCCUCAAACAGAAGAAGAAGUUGGAUGGGAUACAGAGAUUAAGGAUGAUGUGAUUGAAGAAUGUAAUAAACAUGGAGGAGUUAUUCAUAUUUAUGUUGACAAAAAUUCAGCUCAGGGCAAUGUGUAUGUGAAGUGCCCAUCAAUUGCUGCAGCUAUUGCUGCUGUCAAUGCAUUGCAUGGCAGGUGGUUUGCUGGUAAAAUGAUAACAGCAGCAUAUGUACCUCUUCCAACUUACCACAACCUCUUUCCUGAUUCUAUGACAGCAACACAACUACUGGUUCCAAGUAGACGAUGAAGGAAGAUAAUAGUCCCUUAUGUACAUAGCUUUUUUUCUUUGAGAAUUCAUCUUGAGUUAUCUUUUAUUUAGAUAAAAAUAAAGAGGCAAGGGUCUACUGUCAUUUGUAUACGAUUCCUGUUACCUUGAAAAAAUAAAAAUGUUAACAGGAA